CUAUAAUCACAGAACACUUACUCUAUAAUCUCUGAAAUAUAACACGCAUGCUCAACUCUUACGUUACGGACCUGGACAUUCUAAUUGAAUAACUGAAAAACAUGAGGCCAUUUGAUCCGAGUUACAGAAACUAAAACAUCAAAGUGACAUUAGAUAAGAAGAAAUUGGUUUGGUUAUGUUAUAUAGCAAGGUAGGUAAAUGGUAAAAUAUUGUGGUUGUGGAGAAUAGAAUGUCUCAUUUAUUACAUUUUUACAAUAUUUUUAGAACGAUAACUUGCAGGAUGUCAGCCAAAUCAUCUAUAGAAAUUAUUCAAGAAGGCACGCAAACAUCUUUGGGACUUAUUCAACAAAACACCCAAACUAUCAAACGAACCAUAGACACAUUAACAAAUGAACUAAAUGAACUCAACAAAGAAUACAAUAUUUUGGUAAGCAAACAAUUACGUGAAGAGAAUACUCAACUUUUGGCUGCAGUAGAAGAGGCUAAAAAGAAGUUGGUAAACUUGGAAGUCCAAAAUGGGGUUAAACAAAUUCCAAUCCCAAAUCAAACAGUCAACGCUUCUGUUAUUGAACAACCUCCUUCAGUUGAUACUGAAUCUGUAGGACAAGAUGCUUCAGCAGCAAAAGAAAAGCCUAAAAAGGAGAAGAAAGAAAAGAAGCCCAAAGAACAAAAGGAACCUGUUGGAGAAUUACCCGUGGAUGUAGGAAGGUUAGAUUUAAGAAUUGGAAAAGUUUUGGAUGUUCAAAGGCAUCCAGAUGCAGAUAGUUUAUAUGUUCUUAAGAUAAAUGUUGGGGAAGAGAAGCCUAGGACUGUAUGUUCUGGACUGGUUAAACAUAUUCCUAUUGAUGAUUUGAAGGAUAAAGCUCUCGUUGUUCUAUGUAAUUUAAAACCUGUGAAGAUGCGAGGUAUAAUAUCAGAAGCUAUGGUAAUGUGUGCUAGUUCAGAGCAAAGAGUGGAAACACUAAUUCCUCCAGAAAACAGUGUAGCAGGUGAACCAGUACAUUGUGAAGGUUUUACUAGACAAUCAGAUUCCAUUAUGAACCCAAAGAAAAAAAUUUUUGAGACUGUGUCACCAGAUCUACACACCAAUGAUAAUUUACAGGCAUGCUAUAAGAAUUCUCCUUUCCUGGUAUUUGGAAAAGGAUUUUGCUUGUCUAGAAGUUUGAAAAAUGUGCCAGUUAAAUAAUUUUGUUUUCUGUUUGAUAAAUUAUUAAAUUAAUAUUAUAUGUCUUUUUGUUCUAUAACUCAUAAUAAAUCCAACACUACAUUUGCCAAUGUCUUUGAACAUGUCAUUCAUUACAAUUUAAUAAACGCAAGAAAAAGUUAGUGGAGUCAAGUGUCAGAUCUUCCUUCAGUUACGGUAUUUAUUCUAAGGGUCAG